AAGUACUUGACAGAUGUGAAGCUCACACGCUGAGAGUCCAAGUGUCAUUUUAAGGGAGAUCUCGUGUGGUGUUUCAGCCUUUACUCUCAAAUCAAUUUUACGGCCGAGUACACAGCCACGACAGGCUGCGCGCUCGCCUGUCCUGAGAACUUGGAGCCAGCGCGGCUUUCUCCGGUACUGCGAACAAGCUGGAUUCCCGCAGCUCUUCGCCAUGUCUGGCGAGCUUUAGAUACUCCAUGGAGCAAGCAAACCUCUACGAGGUCGCCCCACGGCCACUGAUGACCAGCCUUGUACAGAGUCAGCAAAACGCCUAUACCUACAAAGACACCGCUGGAGACCUGAGCGAGAUCUGCGAGAACGAGAACUCCAUCGACAUCAGCGCCUACAUCGACCCUUCAGCCUUCAACGACGAGUUCCUGGCUGACUUAUUCCACAACAGCUCCAAGCAAGAAAAGUUCAAGCUGGCGAGCGGAGACUACGAGUACCCCCACGGCGCCAAUGGCACACCGGGGCCACCGCAGAUGUAUGGCUGUCUGAACGGCUACAUGGAUUCCUCCAAACUAGAGCCUAUCUACGACAGCCAGGCGCGAAUGAGACCCGUGGCCAUCAAACAGGAGCCCCGAGAGGAAGAUGAGCUCGGGCACUCGAUGCCCCCCACAUACCACCACUCUCAACAUCACGCGCCGCAUCUGUCGUACCUGCAGCACCAGAUCGCGCACUGCGCGCAAACCACCAUGCAUCUCCAGCCGGGUCAUCCCACACCUCCCCCGACGCCCGUACCCAGUCCCCAUCACCAACACAGCCACCUGCCUGGGGGCUCCAUGAAGAUGGGCGAUCGAGGGAAAUCCAAGAAACACAUCGACAAGAACAGCAACGAGUAUCGGCUGAGGAGGGAGCGCAACAACAUAGCCGUGCGCAAGAGCCGGGACAAGGCAAAAAUGCGCAAUGUGGAGACGCAACAUAAAGUGAUCGAGUUGUCGGCGGAUAACGAGAGACUUCGCAAGAGGGUAGAGCACCUCACGCGAGAACUGGAGACGUUACGGGGCAUCUUCAGGCAGCUUCCCGACGGCUCGUUUGUCAAAGCCAUGGGCAGCUGCGCCUAACAAUGCGAGCUGGACUUUUGAAGUAACUUUUGCGUGAUAUUUAUGUCUGCUGGAUAAACGCUGACACAUUCUCAAAGUGUUUCUAUAGGAGCCAGGCAGCUGCGGUAGCCUAUACAUGUGCCUUUUGUACAAAAACAAACGAUAAGCUCAUCUUUUCAGAUUUGGACUUGGCUUGUUGUAAGUGUAGUCCUGUUAAGAAUGCGUGAGUGUUAGCUACGCGAAACAUUAUCAGUGCAGCUAAUAUACAAAUACCAGGGGGUUACAUGCGAACCUGAACUACAUUUUGUAGCGACAAACAAAACAAAACAAAACAAAAAAAACUUUCCUGCCAUAGCAGGCUGUAUUCCCAUCACACCUGUUGCUGCAUAACAUUCACUGUAUGAUAUUGUUGAUUUAACCUUUGUG